CAAUGUUUCCAACUCUGCCUCUAUAAAUAGUUGGGACAUGAGUUUUUCUGUUGCAAACUAAAAGCUCAUCUUUGUUUUAUAAGCACAGAGACAUCUUGAGUCAAUCUUCGAUCAAGAAGCUAAGUAAUAUUAGAAUGGGAAGAUCGCCUUGUUGUGAUAAGAAUGGACUGAAGAAAGGUCCUUGGACUCAAGAGGAGGAUUCCAAACUCAUGCAGUAUAUUCAGACUCAUGGACCUGGCAACUGGAGAAUCCUCCCCAAGAAUGCAGGGCUUCAAAGAUGUGGGAAGAGUUGUCGUCUUAGAUGGACGAACUACUUGAGGCCUGAUAUCAAGAGAGGUGGAUUCUCCUUUGAAGAGGAAGAGACUAUAAUCCAACUCCACAGUGUUCUAGGCAACAAGUGGUCUGCUAUUGCGGGUCGUCUACCGGGAAGGACUGACAAUGAGAUCAAGAACUACUGGAACACACAUAUCAGGAAAAGGCUCCUUGACAUGGGGCUGGAUCCGGUCACUCAUGCUCCUCGUCUCGAUUUUCUUAACCUAUCGACCAUCCUCGGAUCAGCACAGCUUAAUGUCGCGAAUUUGCUAGGCCUUCAAAAUAUUGUAAAUCCGGAGCUAGUACUGAGACUCGCCAAUCUUUUAUCAUCAGGCCAUAAUCAAAACCUGCAACUACUGAACCAAGCCAACCUGUUACAAACCCCAGUGCAAGACAUGAGUUCGAUUAUUAAUCAGGCACAGAUAAUGGAGCAGAACUUGGUUAAUUAUCAAAAUUCGGAGGAAAAUUUUCAGACUCCUUUGGUGCAACAAAAUUAUGGACAGUAUGGAAUUAAUGAUCAGGCUAGAGGGAAUGCAUCAAUGAUGCCACAGAUGAUGAACGGCAGCCAGGGAGGAUUUGAUUUUGAUUCAUUAGUGUCGAACACGAAUACGACUACGACUACGAAUACGCCUUUAUCAAGCGCAGUUCCCACGCCAUUGACCUCAUCGUCCACAUUUAUCAAUGGCAGCAGCACGGAGGAUGAGAAGGAUAGCUUCUGCAGCAACAUGUUCAAGUUCGAGAUUCCUGAGAGUUUGAAUUUUGAUGAUUUUAUGUAAUACAGACACGUUCGGUUUGUGGCGAGAGUAGGGUCAUUUCUUUUGUAUAUUUGACCUAUCAGAUUAAUCGCUUACUUUAAUAUUUGUGUUUAAUUCUUUCUUUCUUGUUACUAUUUGUAGCAGUUAAACUUAUACCUAGGUAUUUGUAUGAUUUUAUGGGUAUAGAAAAAUAACAAUUUGCAGCUAUUAUAUUAUAUACGUA